AUGAAAAUGCGCGCCCUCCACCUCCUUGCCCUCAGCCUCCUCAGCACCAGUCAUGCCACCCCCAUCCACCAGGAAGACUACACCAACCUCAUGGUAGCGGUAGUCCGCGCCCCACCGGCCAACUGGCCCCUGCCAGUGAUGAACAAGAACUGGACGGACACCCCCUUCGACCUGAACGCCACCGUCGCCAAAGCAGUGGACUACAUCGCCGAGGCCGCCUCCAACGGCGCCAACCUGAUCGUCUUCCCCGAACUCUGGUUCCCAGGCUACCCCAAAGGCCUCGCCGGCAACACCAGCAUCACCCCCGCCCAACUCACCUCCUACCUCACCAACUCCCUGACCAUCCCCAGCCCGCAAUGGACCCGCCUCCUCACCGCCGCCCAGACCCACGGCAUCUACAUCGCCCCCGCCUUCUCCCACCGCAUCGCCAACCACAUCUUCAUGGCCCAGGCCCUGAUCUCCCCGUCCGGGGAGACACUACUCCUACGACACAAACUCCGCCCCUCCGGCGGCGAGCGCACCCUCUGGUCGGACGGGACCCUCGACGGAUUGCAGGUGAUUGCGACGCCGUACGGUCGCUGGGGCCUGCUGGAGUGCUGGGAGCACUUCCACCCCUCGAUGACGUUUAAUGUCCAGGCGCAGAGGGAGACGUUGCAUAUCGCUUCGUGGCCGUAUAUGCCCGACGCAAACACCCCGGGAGCAGCAUACUGGGAGUCGAACGAGAUCAAUGUCGCCGCGGCGCGCACGUACGCGGUCAACGCCGGAGCGCCGCUGGCAAUGGCGGCGGUGGGGAAUGCCAGGCUGUUGAGCGCGGAGGGCUUGGAUGAGGUGGUUGUUGGGGCGGGGGUGUCGUUUGAGGAGGUGCCGAUGGUGUAUGCUUCGUUCAACACGACCGGGCUGGCGGGGACGCUGCCGUAUGAUACUGAGGGGGAGCAGUCGUGGGGAACGUUGGGGCAGAUCGUGCGGGGGUUUCCGGGGUAUAUUCCUAAGGUGGUUGGGGAUUUCGUGGCGAGGAGGUUUGUGGAUGUUGUGGGGUUGGUGCAGGAGUUGAGUUCGAAUUGAAUUGGAGACAGGAGAGGGGCUAUUUUUGGUCUUUGUUGGUUGGUUGUAGGAUACUGGGUUUGCUUUUAGGGCUCUUUUGGGUGGUUUCCGGUUGCUCCGACCUGUCUAGUUCUAUUAGAUGGGUGGAGGGGGAAGAAGGCGUGGGCCACGAGAUCAGGGCUACGAUUUGAUGAUGAUUCUGACUGAGUACGUCCGUCGCGAGAGUCACUGAAGGGAAGCUGAUAAACUAUUCUG